AUGCAGGAGCUCCGCACCAUUAUUUGGGGAAGGAUGAGUCUAUACAAGCUAAUGUUUGCGGCCCUUGCCGCGUCGGCGAUGGCGGCCGAACCUUCCAUCAAGGAGAUCGACUCCAUCAAGGUCUGCGGUCGCCUGAGCGUCAUGAAGGCUGGCCUGGAGGAUCUCACAGAAGGCAUUCGUAUGGAAGAUCUCCGCAUGUGUGCAGACCAUCCUCUGGGAUAUAGCAACUACUACGGCUGGGGCGACUACUUGCCUCGUUGGUUCCCGGGGCCUCCGACCUUUGGCUUCGCGUAA